AAUGAUUCAUUUAGGUCUUAUUUAUCCAAUUACAAAAUCAACUAAAUGUAGUUUAAAUGUCAACUUAUUCAAUCAUUCCAGUGACAACAAUGAUGAUAAUGAUAAUAACAAUUAUCAUGAAGAAUUGAUCCAUUUACGUCAAUCAAUUGAAUCCUAUCGUGAUUCUUUACAAACUGAUCUAAUCGGGACAAUUCAAUCCUCUGAAGCUGUAUUACAUUUAAUUGAUCAAUUACGUUGUCUCCCUAAUACAAAUCAAUCGAUUACAAUGUUAAAUAGUGUAACUAUGUUAUCACCACCAUCUAUUGAUAUCCAUUUAAUUUAUCGUCAAUUGAAUACAUGGAAAGAUCAAUUAAUCGAUAUAUUGAUUAGUUGUGGUACCAAUGUAUGUUUAACUAUUGUAUUCAAUCGAUUAAAUGCUUUAACACAAUUUAUUGAUUUAAAUAAUCUUAAUCCUAAUCAAUAUAAUAAGAAUUCAAUCGAAAUCAUUAAAACAAAAGAAUUAUUAUAUAAAAAAUUAUGGCCAUCUUUAUCCCAUAUGAAUGAAUUAAAUAUUGAACAAAUCAAUCAAUUAUAUCAAUUCUGUGAAAAAUCAAUCAAUAUCGAUCAGAAUUAUGUCUGUUUAAUGACCUUGGUGAAUUUAAAUUCCCGCAUUGAAAAUUAUGAACAAUUUGAUUAUUUUAAACAAAUUAUCAAACAUAUUGAAUAUUUAUUAAAUCUAUCUAAUCAUAAUCAUAAUUUAUUAUUAACAAUAGGAAUAUCAUUAAGUAAACAAUUACAUUAUCCGAAUUUAACAAAUUCUUUAUUAGAAUUAUUGUUUAAUGAUCAAUUACCAUCGAUUAUACAUACAUUAAUUAUUCAAGCAAUUGGUGAAAUACAUUUUUCAAAAGAUUCUAAUCACCAUAGUAACAAAACACAACUUAUUGAAAUUACAACAAAAUUAAUUGAAAUCUUUUUAACUAUACCAAUUCAUUUUAAUAAUGAAAUAUUAAUUAAUUAUGAAAUAUUUAAAUUAUUAUUAUUAUCAUCACCCUCUUAUUUAUCUUCCAUAGAGAUUACUUAUUUAUUACGUCAAUUAUCUAAACAACAGAGAUGGACAUUAAUUAAAUUAUGUCGUCAAUUAAUUAAUCAUUGGUGUCAAUUACAAGUAUUGAAUAAUCAUGAAUGUGAUUGUUUAAAUGGUUUAUUACCGAAAUGUCAAUUAUAUUUAGCUGGUAGUUGGUAUGGUUUAAUUGGUGAUCAUAAUUAUAAUCAACAAUUAAAAUUGAUUGGUAAAUCAAUAUUAUUACAUAAUGAAUUGAUUCAUAUUAAUAAUCAAUUAUUGAUUGAUUAUCAUUCAUAUCUUGUAUAUGAUUCAUAUAAUGGAUUAAAAUUAUCAAAUUUUAUGAUGAAUUUAAUCAGUAAAGAUGAUGAAAUAUUAUUAUUUAAUUUUAAUAUACAAGCAAAUGAAUUAAAUAAUUUAAUUAAUUUAUCAUCCCGUAAACAACAACCACCACCAUCACCACCAUCUUCAUCUUUAUCAUCGACGAAAACAUUGACGACGUCGACCUCGACGACAACGACCACUGGAGAGACAUGGGUGAAUUAUGAUUUAAAUUAUUUAGGUAUAUCAUUAUUACCAAAUGAAUUAUUUUCUGGUGGAUUAUCAAAUUUAAUGAAAUUAUUUUUAUCAACAACAAAUCAAUUUACAUCUUUAUUGAAAAUAAUUCAAUUACCAAUAGAUCAAAGAAUUCAAACAACUAUAUCUUCUGGAUGGUUAAUACAAAUUGAUCAUUUAACUAUAUUUACAAUGAAUAUAUUAAAUGCCAUAGAAACUAAUUUAUGGUAUUUCACAGGACGUAAUAAUCUUAGAAGUAAAAUUGGUUUAAUCAAUGAUAUAAAAAUUCAUUUAGUUCAAUUUUAUAAUGAAGAUAAUACAAUGAAUAUGCCUAGAUCCCAAUUGUAUAUUCAUAAAGGUAAUGCUAUACAAGGUUAUAUUGAUUUUAUUACAAAUAUACAUAUUAAUCAUUUACCUGAUAGUAUUUGUUUAUCAAUGAAUCAAGGUGUGAAUACAUUUAUUGUACAAUGGUAUACAAUGAAUAAUACUACUACUACUACUCAAUAUUCAUCAUCGACUACAAUACAAAAUCCUUCUUCACCUUCUUCUCCACCUUCUUCUCCGCCUUCUUCUUCGCCUUCUUCACCUUCUUCUUCUACUUAUCAUUAUAUAUCGAAUUAUACAUUACAACCUGUAUCCUAUUUUCUAGGUUAUGAUAAUUCAUUACAAUGUAAUAAAAUGAAAGCAAAAACGAUUUGGUGAAAUGGUUUUUACCACUAAGAAUCAAAUUUGUUUAUUUUUUCAAAUUUCUUUCAUGUUUUUCUUUUUGCUUCUUUCUUCUCUGUUUCAUUUUUCAUUCAGAAUUGUAAUUUGUGUUUCUAGGAGAAAACUUACUCACUUACUUAGGCUUGUUACUGUUCGUGAAGGAGCAUAGAUCGUUCACCAGCAUUCUCUAUUGGUAGUUCAUCUAAAGUUAUUGCCGAUUUUAAGAUCGGGUAAAAAAAAAGAAGAAGGUUGACCAUAGGAUUAACAACUCCAUCCCGUAGUAAAUUAACUUGAUGAGAUUAUAAUUGAUAAAUGAACAGAAUAGAUUUAAUGCGUAAUUCAUUCCUUCAUUUAACUAAUUCAUCAUGGAAAUAUGAUAUUGAAUUCCUAAUUUUAGUAACUAAGUAGAUAUCUUUAUGAUCGAUCAUGUUACCAUGGUACAAAUCUUGUCCAUAAAUUAUAAUCUCUUAUCACACUUAAUCACAUAAUUAAGAAUAUUCAUUUUUCUAAAAUCUCUAUGUCAAAUUAUAUAUCUUGAUUAUUUUGUUAUAAAUCAAUAAAAUGGGAUGUUAUUGUUUAAGUUGCAUAAUCUAGUCAUAGAGUUUCCAUUGUUUAUCUGAAUCCCAUCAUCAUUAUCAUCAUUAUCAUCAUUCUAUGGAUCAAUAUGCAAUUGAUUUAAUUAAUUUAAUUUAAUAAAUUGUUUAGCAUUU